AUGCUUCCUACGCUUAAUGCUAUCCAACGCCCACCUUCUCCCCUUUUAUCGCACUCUCUCAUUUUUACUCUUUUUCUCUUCCUCACUCUCUUUCUGACUGUUUCUCUUCUCUCUUUUGCACUGACUCUCUUCUUCAUUUUCUCUUCCUCACACUAUCACUCUUACUCUCUUUUUGACAUACACUUUCUUUUUCGCUCUCUUUUUCACUUUUCUUUUUACAAUCUCUCUCACUCUUCCUCAUAUUCUCCUUUUGUUAAUCUCUCUUCCUCACUAUUUUUCUUCCUCACUCUUCCUCACACAUUCUUUUACACACACACACACUCUCUCUCUCUCUCUCUCUCUCUUACAGACUCUCACACCAUUUCUUAUUUCUCUCCUGCAUACUUUCCCAUCUUCACUCACUCUUUUCUUGAAUCCUUCCCUUUAUUAAUCUCUCUUCCUCACAUUCUCUCUCUUCCUCACUCCUCCUCCCUCACCCCCUCUUUUUCUCAGUCUCUCUCACUCUAUAUCUUCAUCUCUCUCCAAUUCUCACUCUCUUUUUUUACACUGCUCAAAGGAGCUGCAUUCGCUGGCUUAAAAAAAAACUCCCUUUGUAAGUCUUUCUUCCACACUAUCCAUUUCCAAUUCUCUUGUUCUCUCUCAUUUUCUCCCUCACCCUCACCCUCACCCUCACCUUCUUCUUUGCUCUCUCCUUUUUCUCUCGUUUCCUCACUCACACUCCCUUUCUCACUUCUCUUUUCCCCACUUUCUCUGUUCCACAUUCACUCUCUUACUCCCUAUCACUCUUUUUCAUUCUCUCUUCCUCACUGUCUUUGUCUUUCUCACUCUUUCUUUCACUCCCUCUCUUUCUAG